AUGAAUUCGCCGGGAAAGGGGAAAGCCACGGGCCACUUUGUACUGAUCCCACUGAUGGCCCAAGGGCAUAUGAUCCCCAUGGUGGACAUAGCCCGCCUGCUCGCCGCGCGGGGGGUGCUCACCAGCCUCAUCACCACGCCUCUCAACGCCGCUCGCUUCACGAGGAGCGUCGAAGAAGCCCAGGCAUCAGGCCUCCCGAUCCGCCUCGUCGAGCUACCUUUCCCCUGCAGGGAGGCCGGCCUGCCUGAGGGCUGCGAGAGUCUCGACACUUUGCCGUCUAAGGAGCUGAUCAUCAACUUCUUCAAAGCGACCGCCAUGCUACGGCCAACAGUGGACGAGUACCUCUCGAACUUGGAGAUCCCGGCGAGCUGCAUAAUCUCCGACAUGGGGCUCCCUUGGACGGGCAGCACGGCGAAGAAGCUGGGUAUUCCUCGGCUCAUCUUCCACGGUACCUGCUGCUUCUCCCUCCUGUGCGUUCUCAUGGUGCGCAAGUCGGAGGUCUAUGAGAGCGUUGCCACCGACCACGAGCCGUUCGCGGUGCCCGGCAUACCCCAUCGGAUAGAGGUAACGAGGGUUCAGCUCCCGUCGAACUUCGCCAUGAAGUCAUCGAUGAAGGGUCUCAGCGACGAGAUCCUGGAGUCCGAAGCGGCGGCGUCCGGCGUGGUGGUCAACAGCUUCAACGAUUUGGAGCGCGGAUACACCGAGCUCUACGAGGACGCCAUAGGAAAGAAGGUCUGGACCAUCGGGCCGACGUUCCAGAGCAACAAGUCGGUCCCCCACAGCCGAAAGAGGGAACAAGACCUCGGCGACGAGGAUCUGUGCUUAGGCUGGCUCGAUGAAAGAGCACCGAGAUCCGUGGUCUAUGUCAGCUUCGGCAGCUUGGCUCGGUUCUCCUUCGAACAGCUGGUGGGCAUCGGCCUGGGGCUGGAAGCCUCAAACUAUCCGUUCAUCUGGGUGAUCAGAGCAGCGAACGUGACGGCGCAGAUGGAGGAGUGGCUCACCGGAGGGUUCGAGGAGAGGACUAAAGGGAGGAGCCUGAUCAUCAGAGGCUGGGCGCCGCAGGUGCUCAUCCUGUCGCACCCCUCAAUUGGGGGCUUUAUGACCCACUGCGGAUGGAACUCUACACUCGAGGGCAUUAACGCCGGGAUCCCCAUGAUUACCUGGCCCAUGUUCGCAGACCAGUUCUUGAACGAGAAGCUGGUUGUGGAAAUGGCGCAGGUCGGGGUCGGCGUCGGGGUCAAGUCGCCGUCCGUCUGGCAGGACGAAAAGCCCGGAGCGUCGGUGACAAAAGAGGAGGUCCAGAGUGCCGUCGAAAGGCUGAUGGAUCAAGGGGAGGAAGGGGAAGCCCGGAGGAACAGGGCAAGAGAUCUCCGAGAGAGGGCAAAGAGUGCUAUGGAAAAAGGGGGAUCCUCCUACACCAACUUGACACUCCUGAUUGAAGAGAUGACAAACUACUCCAGCUGA